CGUAGUUAAGUCGAUGAGAUAAAUGCGCAGUGACCGAAGUGUUUUUCUAUAGUGUCGGUGCUUGGCUUUAAAUUUCAUCGGAACAGUUUGCAACGCAGAAAUAUUAUUCAGAAUGAGCCGAAGCUACAAUGACGAGCUGCAAUACCUGGAUAAAAUCAGUAAAAACUGCUGGCGCAUAAAAAAAGGGUUUGUCCCGAACAUGCAGGUGGAAGGGGUUUUCUAUGUGAACGACCCACUGGAGAAGCUGAUGUUUGAAGAGCUCAGGAACGCCUGUCGAGGGGGAGGGUUUGGUGGCUUUCUUCCUGCUAUGAAACAGAUUGGCAAUGUGGCUGCAUUACCUGGAAUUGUUCAUAGGUCCAUUGGUCUGCCGGAUGUGCACUCUGGUUACGGGUUUGCUAUUGGAAACAUGGCUGCCUUUGACAUGGACAACCCUGAUGCUGUGGUCUCACCAGGUGGGGUGGGGUUCGAUAUUAACUGUGGAGUCCGACUGCUGCGCACAAACCUGGAUGAAGGUGAUGUCCAGCCCGUCAAGGAACAGCUCGCUCAGUCCAUGUUCGACCACAUUCCCGUGGGAGUGGGAUCCAAGGGCGUCAUCCCCAUGGGAGCCAAGGAUCUGGAGGAAGCUCUGGAGAUGGGGGUGGACUGGUCCCUGCGGGAGGGCUAUGCCUGGGCAGAGGAUAAGGAGCACUGCGAGGAGUACGGCAGGAUGCUGCAGGCCGACCCCAGCAAGGUCUCCUCCAAGGCCAAGAAGAGGGGGCUCCCGCAGCUGGGGACCCUUGGCGCUGGGAAUCACUAUGCUGAGAUCCAGGUGGUGGAUGAGAUUUACAAUGACUAUGCUGCCAAGAAGAUGGGCAUCGAUCACAAGGGCCAGGUGUGCGUCAUGAUCCACAGCGGCAGCAGGGGGCUCGGGCACCAGGUGGCCACAGAUGCCCUGGUUGCGAUGGAGAAGGCAAUGAAGAGAGACAAGAUCAUAGUGAACGACCGGCAGCUGGCCUGUGCCCGGAUCUACUCUCAGGAGGGGCAGGACUACCUGAAGGGCAUGGCUGCAGCCGGGAACUACGCCUGGGUCAACCGCACCUCCAUGACCUUCCUAACCAGACAAGCCUUCGCCAAAGUGUUCACCACGACCCCUGAUGACCUGGACAUGCAUGUGAUCUACGACGUGUCCCACAACAUCGCCAAGGUGGAGGAGCACGUGGUCGACGGGAAGCAGCGCACUCUUCUGAUCCACAGGAAGGGGUCCACGAGGGCCUUCCCCCCACACCACCCCCUCAUCGCCGUCGACUACCAGCUGACCGGGCAGCCUGUCCUGAUUGGAGGCACCAUGGGGACGUGCAGCUACGUUCUGACCGGUACCGAGCAGGGCAUGACCGAGACCUUUGGAACCACCUGCCACGGAGCUGGGCGAGCGAUGUCCCGUUCAAAAUCGCGACGUAACCUGGAUUUCCAGGAUGUUUUGGACAGUCUUGCAGACCAGGGUAUUGCGAUCCGUGUCGCCUCCCCCAAACUGGUUAUGGAAGAGGCUCCGGAAUCCUACAAAAAUGUAACCGAUGUUGUGAACACUUGCCAUGACGCAGGGAUCAGCAAAAAAGCAAUCAAACUGCGGCCUAUUGCAGUCAUCAAGGGUUGAGAGAGUCGCGGACGGAAUGUCACCAGUGGCCUUUUGGAACAGCUCCUGCAAAGACUUUCUGCUUUGAAACGCUUCAGUUUGGAAGUUACUCGGAGCUUGUGUGGACCUGAUGGAUUGAAUCCAGCUACAGCACUUACUUGAGUUUCACUGCAAGGAGUAUAUUAAAAUCGGCUUUGACCACCAUUCACAAGUUUAAAAAUGACUGAAAAUUAACGCUGAAGGAAAGUAAAUUAGAUUCAGUUGUGUGGUGUGUUUUUUUUUUUUUUUUUUUUUUUUUUUGGUCUCCCAACUGAAUUUAGAAUGAAUUAUUAGUAUUCCUCUUGGAAAAUUGAAUUGAAUGAAGUAGGCUAAUUUCUGUUACUUUUUUUGUUUUGUUUAGGAAUAUUCUUGAAAUCAGCAGGUGCCAGGAGUUUGAACAAUCAGGCCCGUUUAAAUCUGCUCUGAACUGAUCCCCCUGGAAUAAGUCUCACCUGCAUCUGUAGGGUGACUGUUAGGAGUUGCUCAUGCAGCUAUAAGGGAAGGAACAUGUUUAAAGCUUUGCUCUAUCUCCUGGCUACUGAAUCAUUUCAAUAAUAUACUUAAUAGAUGGGAGUUCUGAAACCCAGGACUGGGUGCAGGGCUAGUGUGAGUUUCUAACCCUGGAAUACUUUUAUUUUUAAAAGCAGAGUUGUGUGAUUUACCUGCUGGUUUUGUUUUACUAAGGCUACACUACGUAUACUGUACUUUGUGAUGAAUAAAGCCCUGAAUGAAUGAACUGCAAAA